AGACGAGAAUCGCACGACUUCCGCCACUUUCACCUGAAAUGCAUUUCGAUGACAAGUUACACUGUGGAGUAGACCGACAAGCAUCCAGUACAUGCUCACAAACAGAGUUACUACUGUACUAUUGAACUAUCUAGGUACAAGUUUGGAUUUCAUAGCUUCAGAACCAAGAAUAAUUGGGAUUUUGCGCUAUCAAAAAUUAGAGAAACAGCACAUAGAACGUAACGAACAGACCUAUCAAAGCAAGCGUAGCAAACAAAAUAGAGCUUGGCAACCAUGAAUCAGGAAGAAGAGAAAGAAGAAGUCAUUGAGGGGUCGGUUUUCCUUCCAGACCCAUCGAAACCUAAUUUCGGCAUGCGCGCCUCUCGAUGGGCCCGCGAUAUUCCCAUGAAGGACGACAAGGGCAAAGCAGACAGCAAUGGCGUACCCCCCAAUAUGGUGUGUAUAUCGGAAGAUCCAGAUGAAUUGUUCGAUGUCACAAUUGGAUUUUGGCACAGUAGUCAACCGCGACACAUGGAACUCGACAUCCGAAUCCAUCGAGCGGCAGACGACAACGCCGACGAUGAGGGCAAACGAGAUCUUCUCAAGGAUUCGGUGUAUGUUCUCGACGCUUACAUGGGUGGCGACUUUUCUCGCUUUCAUUGGUAUCAUCCCAAACCCAACAGCCUCUGGGCCAUGUACGGCACCAGAGUCAAUGACUACCUCAAUGAGCACUUCUGGAACGGAGAGAGGCACUCGAAAAAGACCCGUGCCCCAUUUGCCAUCGCAGUGGACGUCAAGGAACGAUGGUUUGGAUUCGAUGCUACGCACUAUUUCUUCGACGAAAAGACACACCGGAUGACAGGCUCCACGUUUCGCCUCCUCCUAAAGAGGUUCUUGCGUUGGGGGUAUACCCUUGGCAAAGCGCAGCUCUUUAAGUUUCAGCCUUUCUUUUUUGUAAACAACCAUUCCCAGGACUUGACCAAUAGCGAUCGAACGGAAGAAAACACCCUUCGCUUUAUCAAUUGCCAGGCGUCCGUGAGUCUCUGCGCUUUGUGGUGGAUGCGCGAGUUCGAUGAACUGAGCAAAGAACCGGAGCAUGACGCCACCAACACCGAUCUGAUUUGCGACAAGCUUUCACCGCUGCUCUUCCCCCGGAUAAGGAUGGAAAACUAUGUGAGCGUUUCGCCACUGGAAUGGAAAGACGUGAGCAAGGAAGAAUCUAGAAAACAAAUGGACGAAUUCCUUCAUGGUGCCGCCGUGAAGCGCGCCCUAUCCGACGAGUUCAGCGAGGAAAAUGUCACCAAGCUGCUGGUCUUGAUCAACAAUAGUGCCGGAACCACUGCUCCCACUUUACAAACCAUAGAAGGCACAGAAGCUGGCGUCAUUGGUGAUAGCUCCAUACAACAAAACGGCCGGUUUGUUUGCCGGCGGUGAACCAAAAAAUCGUAUUGCAUCAACAACCAACAGCUGUGAAAUAUUGUACUACUGUAUUAGUAAGAUUGAUGGUGUGAUAUAGGUUUGGAGAAUAAUGUUCUUGGUCCCGUUGAGGCAAAUGCAAAACGAAUGCAUUCUGUGCUUCUUCUAGUGUUUCUUUUAUUGAUCUUAGAUUCGUAUGCAACAUUAUUUCGGUAUACUUCUGCAUUGUUUGUCUUUCUACUUUCCCGCAAGAAAAAGCAGCAGUAUUUUGUAUGAAGUCAAAUACAACGAAGUUUUCCCC